AUGCUUAGGGUUUAUGGCAAAGCACCUCUUAAUCAGCUUCUCACCGUAGCGCCGCCUCCGAUCAUCUCGCUCCUCUCCACCAAUGGCUCCUUCAAGCUCUGACUCCUCUCUGCCAGAGUUCUGCUACUUCAAACCACCACAGAUUCACCUUUUCCAUGAGUCCAUUACUGUCGAUAAUUCAUCAGGACAAAUACGCCCAAGAAUUCGAUUUGGAACUGGGACUAUCAUUAAGUCCGAGGCAAAAGUAACCGCAGAGAUCAAUCUAGAUGGUUUUGCGGUGCCUGACAACAGUACUGGGGUUUCUGCUCUGGAUGGCAUGUUAAAUAAAUUUGCUUUUUAUGCGGCGUUCGAAGUGCGUACAAGGGUUGUUGAUGCUCACUACGACGUCUAUCACCUAACUGAAGACGUUGGAUUAGCACUGGGAAAUGCAUUGUCCGAAGCCCUUGCGGAUAAGAGGGGGAUAACGGGGUGUGGUGAUUUCUCUGCGGUGCACGAUGAAGCACUCGUGCAGGUUUCCCUGGAUUUAUCGGGAGGACCGCAUUUUAGUUGCGUCUUGAGCAUUGCUGAAGAGAGAUUUGAAACGUAUGACCCGCAGCUGGUGGUGCCCUUUUUUGGGUCCUUAGUCAAAGCCUCUGGGAUGACGGUACACAUACAACAGAUUGCUGGGAGUACUGCUGACCACAUCAUUGAGGCAACCUGCAAGGCUUUUGCAAGGGCUCUAAGGCAAGCAACUGAAUAUGAGACUCGCCGUGGUGGUAGUCUUUCGAGCUCACAAGGUGUCUUUUGAAGGACUUGCCAGUUCAUCGGUCAUGCUGAAAGCUCGACGCCCGUAAUUGCAUUUUUGGGACACGAAACUGCAAUGUUGUUUAUCCUCGUCACUGUCUAAUUUUAUGCAGCUUUACUCAUGGACUGAAGCAUUCUUGUGUGUAAAAUAAGCGAAAACUAUUCUUCAUAUUCAUACCAUAACUUAGACAUCUUUAAGAUGUUUGAUAUUGGAUGUCCAGCGACGGAACUUUCACCAUGCCUCGUAUAUGUGUAUUAUAGAGUCGUUUUGUAGUUAUAAAGGUGUUCAAAUGUGGUCCUGACAGUCUUGUCCCAAUGCGAUACCAGAAGAGAAGACAAAAAACUUUAAUGUAGUUUACAUUCUUGAUAGCAUUGUAGUUUUGGGUAGAUGAUGAGCUAAACUUCUAUAUAAACUUCAGUUAAUUGAAUAAAAGAAUU